GUUUACUUUGGGCCCAUCGUCGUCGUUGUAUUGGUGUGCGUGUGUGUGUAUGUUUGUUACAUACAUACAUAAGUUUCUUGACGGCUAAGGCCCCUCCCCCUUGCCCCCUUCGUCAUAUGGUUUUUUCAACAACAAUAAAUUCAUCAAAUUACGCAAAAUAAUUCCUUCAAUCAAAAUGAGCAGCUCCGAGGAAGUCUCUUGGGUCACCUGGUUCUGCGGGCUUCGCGGCAAUGAGUUCUUCUGCGAGGUUGAUGAAGACUACAUACAGGACAAGUUCAAUUUAACUGGUUUAAAUGAACAGGUGCCCAACUAUCGCCAGGCCUUGGAUAUGAUCUUGGAUCUGGAGCCCGAGGAUGAGCUGGAGGAUAAUCCAUUGCAAUCGGAUAUGACCGAACAGGCAGCUGAAAUGCUUUAUGGACUCAUACAUGCUAGAUAUAUACUUACAAAUCGGGGCAUUGCUCAAAUGAUUGAGAAAUAUCAAACUGGCGAUUUUGGACAUUGCCCACGUGUCUACUGCGAGAGUCAGCCCAUGUUGCCUUUGGGCCUGUCGGAUAUACCCGGCGAGGCAAUGGUGAAAACUUAUUGCCCCAAAUGUAUUGAUGUUUAUACACCAAAAUCAUCGCGUCAUCAUCACACCGAUGGCGCCUAUUUUGGCACUGGAUUUCCACACAUGCUCUUCAUGGUGCAUCCCGAGUAUCGCCCCAAGCGUCCUAUUAAUCAAUUUGUUCCACGUCUGUACGGCUUUAAAAUUCACAGCUUAGCUUAUCAAAUUCAGCUGCAGGCAGCAGCCAAUUUCAAAAUGCCACUACGAGCGAAAAACUAAUUAAAAAAAAAAAACAAAAACACGCAUACACGCACACACAACAAAACACACACACACACACACACAACCAACACAACAUAACCAUAAACAUUGCAUGCAUACUAUAUAUAUAUAUAUAUGAUGAUGAUGAUAAUGAUGAUUGAUUAUAAAGAAACGAGAGACAUAGUUUCAACUGAAGAGAGAGCCGAAAGCUACAGACCCUAAAUAAGUGCAGAGGUUUUGAGCGCCACAAGCAAAAAUCAUUUAUAUAAAAUAAAAAUUUAAAACAAACAAAAAAAUUCAAAACAAACUGCGUUUAUAUUUAAAAAUGAUAAAACAAGAAAAACACAUAACGAUCCAUAUAUAUAAAUAAAUUCGUAGUGAAGUGAACAAGUAUAGUAGAAAAUGUAUUUAAAAACAACAAAGUAAUAUGAGAAAUUAAAAAAAAAGAAGCAAAAAACCCAACAUUGAUAGAGAAAGACACAAAAUAAAUAAGAAACCGAAUAAAGUAAUUGAAAAUAUAAAAAUAAUAACUAAGUGGAGAGAUAUAUAAGCAAAGAAGCCAAUCAUAAUGAAAGAGUUACGAAAAUACGGAAAUGAAGUUUUUUCUUAAGGCACGCACUUACACACACACACCCAUACCAACAACAUUGACACAAAUGCACACAGCAACACUCACACAUACACACAUCUGCAUCUCAAUCCAUAAAUGGCCAUAACAUUGAUCGCAGUCGUUAUCGAUAUCGAAAUUUGUUGCACUCAUUCAAAAGCUCAUCUGCGCUAAAAUAACGAUAUUUUUCGUUUACAUAAUCAACACACACACACACACACAUGUUCAGUGAUCGCUCUGUAAAUGGGACGCCAAAGCAGCUCUAAUGUGUUCAUUUUGUUUUUCUUUUCGACAACAACCACUAAAGUUAGCGUUUAUCAUUGUUGUUUAAUUUAUUUCCAAUCAAAUUUUUGUUUUUUUUUUUUUUGCUUUUGCAUAGCUUCUAUGUCCGAGUGAUCACUGUAUAUACAAUAUAGUUAAUAUUAUUUUGCUAGCAUUUAAUAAUAUUAAGAAAAAAAGAAUCAACCGAAUGCGACAAAAUAGCGAGUGAAUUUAUUUUGCGUUUUCUGUUAUUAUUGCUGCUGCUGCUUCAAAGUUUUCUUCUUGGUUUUUGCACACAAACAUACAGCUCACACACACACACACAGACGCAUAGUUCACACAUACAUAUACAAAUUCAGAUCCAUUUGACUUAUUCACAAUCAAUUCAAUCAAACAUUAGUAUUAAUAUUAAUUAUUGUAUGUUUAAACUAUCUUAAUUGUUCUGUGUUUCGUCUUUAGUUUGUAGUCUCAUCUCUUUUCUCUAUAUUGUUUGUAUUUCAUUUUGUGUGUACUACUUUUUAAUUGAACAUACAUAGCUGUAUUUACUUAUGGCAAAAAACGUUUUAUGUUGUAUAAACCACACACAGGACACUUUUAGGUGGCAACCCUACACCAAAACAACACAAUUAGUUCAACUGAGUGAUUCGAUUAUAAAAUCAAAGUAAAACUCGAAAAUGAAUAUGAGCGAGACACACAAUAAUCAAACACACACACAUACAAGAAUUAGCGAGAAAGACAGAAACGGCAAAUGAGAGAGAAAAAGAGAAACAAAGGGGUGUGAGUUAGGGAGAAAAAGAGCGCGAAUGUAGAAUGUAACGUUAUGUUAGUCCAUAUACAACGAUUACGAGCAACAUAGUACUUCCAAACUAAUAAGAUGAACAACAAGAUCAACUAGAACAACAAAAGAAAAAUUAAUUAAAUUUAAUUACUUACUAUUUAAUAGUAAUAUUAUAUGUAUGUAUAUGUAAAUGCUUGUUUAUAAUUUAUAUACAUAGAUAUAUAAAAGAAAGAAAAUAAGAAACACACACACAAACACACACUUGACGCGCUGACAAAAACCUAUUGAAGCUAUGUUUGUAGAGUAAACAACAAAAACCAACAAAAUACAAAAUUAUUUUCAACCUAUCCUAACAACCAUCCACCCCAUUUCCUCCACCUCCUUAAAAAAAAAAAAAAAAAAAAUGAAGAAACAGAAGAAAGAAAGUCCCAUGAAAUGUGAUGAGUCGCGCUCAGACACAAAACCUACACAAUCAAUACCAACAAGCAGCAGCGGCAACUCUAUCACCUCUAACACCACUAGCUCAAGCGAUUCCGAUAGCGAUGACGAUUACAAGAAAACCAAGACCGAUAGUAAAACGAACUCGAAAACCAAGUCUCGCAACAACAGUUCAAUCGCAAAAAAAUUCGAGAAAAAUAGAAAACGAUCGGAAGGACGUCUCACAGGCCAAUAGAAUAAAAAAAAGAAAUGUAGACAAAAAUGCAGCAGCAAAACAACAACAACAUCGACAGCAACAACUACAACAGCAAUGACGAUCCAAUUGAUCGCAAUGUGAAGACGCAUACGAAAAGCAAGCUGAGGUUCGCCAAUGUCACGAAACUAUCGAAAACCAGGAACAAGACAACCUACAAAAUUAAAACAAACCAAUUAUAAUAACUUUGUAACGAAGUAAAUUUGGAACUAAUGCACAGAUAGAAGACACUAACACACACACACACACACACACCCGCAUAAUUAUAUAUGUUUAUAUACUUAUAUAUAUGUAUAUGUUUAUUAAUAGACAUUAAUAUAUAUAUUUUAAAUGCAUACAUAUGUAUUUGUAUAUUAUCGAAAAAAGAAAAAACUAUUCUGUUCGAAACAAUUUACUAA